AUGGAUGUAGAUGAGUUUCUGGAGAUCCUAAAAGAGGAUGGUAAUGAGAAAGACGAAACAACAGAAGAGAUGCGAAGUGCCUUUAAACUCUUUGACAAGGAGGGAAAAGGAUGGAUAACGGCAGAGAAUCUUAGACAGGUAGCGAUAGAACUGGGAGAAGAGCUGAGCGAAGAAGAUCUCGAGGAAAUGAUCAAGGAAGCCAGCAAGGACGCCGAAGGACGGGUUGCUGAAGCGGAUUUCUUUGCUAUAAUGAAAAGGACUUGUCUCUACUGA